ACUCACAUCGUCCGGGGGCAGGCAGUGUUUUGAAAUAACACAAGAUGUCUGCCGGAACAGCGCUAACAACGAACGAGCGUCAUAUUCGAGACAAUAACUACAACAACAAUCUUCCAGAGGACCGAAUGGACGUUGAACUUGACACAGGACACAACGUAACGGACCGGGAAGACUUGGACACUGGAAUACAAGCCACUUGUUCAUCUAACGGCAGUGGUGGGGAGGAGGAUGAGUCGGAGUCCAUUGAUCGGGAAAGAGAAGCCGGGGGCUCGAUUUCUCAGCGCAACGGGGAAGGAGUGUUGUUGGGCAGGGAGCAAGAGGUGUCAGUCGAAAUCGGAGAGACGUAUUUAUGUCAGCGAGCCGACAAGACAUGGCAUUCUGCUGAGGUUAUCCAGUCCAGGCUCAACGAACAGGAGGGCAGAGAGGAGUUCUACGUACACUAUGUUGGAUUUAACAGACGUCUGGAUGAGUGGGUGGGCAAGGCUCGCCUGGCACUGACCAAGACAGCGAAGGACGCAGUUACAAAAAUCGCAGAGGGUGGUGGAGGGGGCGAGCUGGGGGAGCAGCCCGAGAGGAAGAUCACCCGCAACCAGAAACGCAAACAUGAUGAGAUCAACCACGUGCAGAAGACGUACGCAGAGAUGGACCCCACCACAGCUGCCCUGGAGAAGGAGCAUGAGGCGAUCACUAAAGUGAAGUACGUGGACAAGAUCCAGAUUGGAAACUUUGAGAUUGACGCCUGGUACUUCUCCCCAUUCCCAGAGGACUACGGCAAGCAGCCCAAGCUGUGGAUCUGCGAGUACUGCCUCAAGUACAUGAAGUACGAGAAGACCUUCAGAUACCACCUGUCCCAAUGUCAGUGGAGGCAGCCUCUUGGGAAAGAAAUCUACAGGCGGAGCAACAUCUCUGUGUACGAAGUGGACGGACGCGACCAUAAGAUCUACUGCCAGAACCUGUGUCUACUGGCCAAGCUCUUCCUGGACCACAAGACGCUGUACUUUGACGUGGAGCCUUUUGUCUUUUACAUUCUGACUGAAGUCAACAGGCAGGGAGCACACAUAGUGGGAUACUUCUCCAAAGAGAAAGAGUCUCCAGAUGGGAAUAACGUGGCGUGUAUCCUCACCCUCCCACCCUACCAGCGCAGAGGAUACGGAAAGUUCCUCAUAGCCUUCAGCUAUGAGCUGUCUAAAUUGGAGAGUACGGUGGGUUCUCCGGAGAAGCCCCUGUCAGACCUGGGCAAGCUGAGCUACAGGAGCUACUGGUCCUGGGUGCUGCUGGAGAUUCUCAGGGACUUCAGGGGCACGCUCUCCAUCAAGGACCUCAGGACAAUGACUGAAAUCACACCUCCAGGCUGGGUAAGGGCUAUUUGACCAAGAAGGAGAGGGAUGGAGUGCUGCAUCAGAUGACCUGGCCUCCACAAUCACUCGACCUCAACUCAAUUGAGAUGGUUUGGGAUGAGUAGGACCACAUAGUGAAGGAAAAGCAGCCAACAAGUGCUCAGCAUACAGUGGUUGCUCCACUAAAAGUUUUGCGAUUAUGCUGUGGUACUUAGAGGUCAUUUGUGGUUUAGUACGGUACCCUACAUCAUCACUUCAUUGCUCCAGACCAGCGCAAGGGGGAGUUAGAGCACUGUGUCUCUGACAGUGAAUGGGUGACAUAAACCUAAAUAGAAACUGUUAAUUGUGCUAGACUUCACACUAAGGGUUUUAUUUUGUUAGGAUUAUUUUGCUCUUACUGUAGUAGUGUAGCCCACUCCUGACCGGUCACGUUGUACAGCGUCUGAGUGGCGGAACGGACUAAGACACUGCAUAGUAGGUCAAGCUGUGUUGCUACAGAUGUUGGUUCAAUGCCCGUGCCGGCCUCUACUGGGAGACCCGUGAAAUGACUCUAGGUUUUUGGUUUCUCUCCCUUUAAAAACAGAAAUAAAUAAUUAUAAAUAACAAACUGGCUAAUAACUAACUUUAUUUCCAAAUUAGUAACAUUGUCUCAUCCCAUGUUCAAGAAUGGCCUUUUUCUCGCUCAUUUUACAGUAUUUGAAAACUAAAUCAUCUCCCAAAUAUAUUUUAUAAUUAUUUUAAAGCCCCUUGGAUAUUCUCACAGAUAUAUUAUUAACCCUGUUAUUAGUAGGACAAUAUAUAUUGGUCAUGGCUCACAAUUGGCUCCGUGUUUCUCUCCCUCUUAAAACAGAAAUAAAUAUUUUGGCCUUUACAAAUAUUAUUCUGGCCUUUAUUACAAUCGCUCUUUCAUUUAGAGCGAUUUUAUUUUAUUUAAAAAAUAAAAUAAAUAUAUCAUUAUAUAUUAUCAAGUUGAUGCCAGUUAUAUAGCCUGCACCUACAUAAAGUUGAGUGACUCACUCAUUCAUGGCUUUGGAUCAAAAUAAAUAAGUACCAACAUUCUUUCUGAUAGUCUUCUAAUAAAAACAUGUUUUGAUUAUCCUGACCUGGACACCAUGUACAGUGUUAGAACAGCCCAUUAUGGGCUAUUAGCAGGACAAUAUACCUUUACCAACAUGCAUUUACCAACAUGCAUCCAAAAUGCAUUGCUACAGAUACCCAUGCCGCCCGCCACCGGUAGACCCAUGAGGCGGCUUUUGGUUUUAAUUUCGAAUCCUCCAAUCCUCUACAUGUAAUUAUUGGCAGAGUCCGGUCAUAUUUUUCGAUAUAUUGUCGGCCUACCGUAGGCGAUAUGAGUCUCACUAGUCUAGUGUUGAGUAAUGUACUGUGGUGUAGGUCUUAUUUAUUUAAAGAGCAUAUUGAAGUUAGAAGCAAUAGGAUUUGAAGCAAUAGCCUACAACUACUUUAGCUUCUUUCACGCUGCUCUGAGACAAGCAUGGGGACUGGUCUUGAUAAAUCAAUGCGAUUUUUAUUUUGACUGCAUCUCCGUUUGGGUAUUGGUUAGACUACAAUUAUGGUGUAGAAAUAAUGUUAUGCUCUUAGUGUAACCUUUAUUUAACUAGGCAAGUCAGUUAAGAACAAAUUCUUAUUUACAAGGACAGCCUACUCCUUCCUCCCCGUCAGGGAAUUGAAUCCCAGUCUUCCGCGUGCCCGCAUGACACGGAAGCCAAAUAGCCAAGUACUGUAGUCUACUCCCGACCGUCACGUUGUACAUCGCCAUAUUUUCCGUUCCAUCCAAAUGGAAACCCAGAGGGUUUUUCUUGGAAUAAAAACACCAUAAUAUUAAGCAACAUUUCUUAAAAUCAGUCCCGUUAUUUAAGUGCCAACCACUGGUACCAUUAAUGCUAGUUUGACGUUAGAUGCUGCUAAUGCUAUGUUCUUAUAAAAAAAGGUUUGAAAUUCUCUAGUGCAGCCACUACUGAAGGCAAUCAAAUGCUUGUCAAAGAUGCCCUCUGGUGGUCAAGCUAGCAUUAACGGUACCCGUGGUUGGCACUUAAAUAACAUGCUGUGCUGCAGUACGCUGCAACUUUUAAAGGACAUUUCUGUGGGAAUUCCUUCAAGUCUGUUGGAAAAGCAUUCCAGGAGACUACCUCAUGAAGCUGGUUGAGAGAAUGCCACAGUGUGCAAAGCCGUCAAGGAAAAGGGUGGCUCAAGUAUAAAAUAUAUUUCGAUUUCUUUAA